AAGUAUUCUAAAAUAAACAACUCCCCAUAUAACACAACGGCGGCGGAGCGCAUUCAUAUAUACGGUGUGCCCUAAUUCUCUGCCGGAGGAAAAAAAAAAAAAGUUUUAUCCUUUUCGAACUCCGGCGAUGUCAUACGACGAUGUUGAGAUAGAAGAUAUGGAGUGGAACGAAGAGAUACAAGCGUACACGUAUCCUUGCCCUUGUGGCGACUUGUUCCAGAUUACGAAAGAGGAUCUCCGGCUCGGCGAAGAGAUCGCGAAUUGUCCAAGUUGCUCGCUCUAUAUCACCGUCAUCUACAAUAUGGAAGACUUUCAAAACAACACGAACAAGAACAAGGAACCUAAAACUCGUCAGCCUGUCGCCGUCGCCUGAGUUUGUCAUGGAAGUGAUUAGAAGAUUAUUGAACAACCACCGCAGAAGAGAUUCAUCUUUUGUGCAAAGUUUUGGAAACCAUUUGAAACCAUUCUUCAGAGUUUUACAUUAACCACAUAUAGAGAGAUAUAAACAAGGAAACAGAGGUGUUGUGUUGCUGGUUACUUAUGAUUUUUAUUUUUUUGCUGGGCAAAUUCAUGGUGUGUUCUUCCCCCAUUUAGGUCCUAUUAGUUAUUUAGAGUAAGCUCUGUUUUUGUUUGGAAAAGGUUUCUACGGCUACAGUUCCCUUCUUUGACAAGAAGACUCUUUUUGUCUCUGUGAUUUCAUAUCCAAAGCUAAGAGACGUUUCAAGCCCGUUAA